UAACCCAACAUGCAUUGGCCGAAAGGCGGGGACACAGCGAGGUCGUCUGUCCCUCAUGGAGAACACUCCAGUCAUUACUCGAAAAAGUAAUCCCGUUACAAACCCCGACCAACAGGACUGAGUAUCAAACCAAAGCGCAUCGCUAUUGGACGCAGUGAGGGUUGGACUCGAGCACCCCGCUUGCUGUUAUUCAAACGCAGGGAGCGCGUGCGGCCAGUCGCUCCUCGUUGCGCGCUGGAUAUGGAUCAGGACUCUGCGCGCUUACCCACUGUCUCCCGCGGACAGGCUGCACUCUGCGGCGCAUAAAAGGUGUCCAAAUGAACCGCCGCCCUCCCGGCUCCUCCGGCGUGCAAUGGCUUAACAGGAGAGACAUGAAUGUCCGGACGGAUGACAGCGUCACUCUGUGCCAAAGGGCUCUCCAAAUCGUUACGGAACUUUGUCUCGCGGGACACGUAGACCGGGAGAAAUGUUCGGAUAUAUUCCCCCUUGAGAGCAACAUACCAGGUAAAGGACACGCAGACAUCUCUAUUAGUCUCCUUGCUGUGGUCGUGGGUUUCUGUGGACUCGCCCUGUUGGUAGUCUCUCUCUUUGUCUUUUGGAAGCUGUGUUGGCCCAUCUGGAGGAGCAAGGCUCUGUCAGCCCACGCUGAAAAUGUGCUCCGUGGGGGUUUCCCCGAGGCACCUCCACCCAACUCCCCGCCGGUUACUGAGUUUAAAGUGGCGGAGGUGGAAAAGAAGCAGCCGCCUGAAGUGAAGGUGAAUGGACGGAGCUCUGUUAAGCUACUGGAGGCAGCCAUGAAGAUCAGCCAAACGUCUCCAGACAUCCCUGCCGAGGUCCAGACAGCUCUGAGGGAGAAGCUCAGCCAGCAGGCUAAAAUCCAGAGGCAGACCACUGAGCCAACCUCCUCCUCCAGGCACAAUUCAUUCAGGCGCCACCUGCCUCGUCAGAAGAAUGUCACCAGUGUUGACUUCACCAUGGACACAGUGCCUCUCCGCCAGUCCUCUACUGUCAGCAUUGGAAGAAUAAAACCUGAACUCUACAAGCAGAAGUCUGUGGACUCAGAAGAGGCCAAAGAGCCCGUGGAGACUUGCGGAAAGCUAAGCUUCUCGCUUCGUUACGACUACGAGGAGCAGGCUUUGGUGGUGAGGAUCCUGAAAGCUUUGGAUCUGCCUGCCAAAGACUUCACAGGCACCUCUGACCCGUAUGUGAAGAUCUACCUGCUACCCGAGAGAAAGAAGAAGUUCCAGACUCGAGUUCAUCGCAAGAAUCUAAACCCCACAUUUGAUGAGACCUUCUGUUUCCCCGUAGUAUACGAUGAGCUUUGCAACCGCAAGCUGCAUUUCAGCGUCUACGACUUUGACCGAUUCACCAGCCACGAUAUGAUUGGCGAGGUGGUGGUGGACAACCUCUUUGAACUCUCUGAUCUUUCCAGGGAGGCGGUAGUUUGGAAGGAUAUUCACGCAGCAACCACAGAGAGUAUCGAUUUGGGAGAGAUCAUGUACUCGUUGUGCUACCUCCCCACAGCAGGGAGAAUGACCCUAACAGUCAUCAAAUGCAGAAACCUCAAAGCCAUGGACAUCACAGGCUCCUCAGAUCCAUAUGUGAAGGUCUACUUGAUGUGUGAUGGACGGAGGUUAAAGAAGCGAAAAACAACAAUUAAGAAAAGCACACUUAAUCCGGUGUACAACGAGGCUAUCAUCUUCGAUAUUCCCCCGGAGAAUGUGGAACAAGUCAGUCUGUCCAUUAUGGUCAUGGAUUAUGAUCGUGUUGGACACAAUGAGGUGAUUGGCGUGUGUCGCACGGGGCCAGAUGCUGAAGGGCUCGGACGAGAUCACUGGAACGAAAUGUUGGCUUAUCCACGGAAGCCCAUCACGCACUGGCAUGCUCUAGGAGAGGAAAACACAGUGGCCUGGAAGAGCAGCAAGCUUUGAGAGUCAAGGUUCAUGUCCUUCACCCAAACCUCCACAUACACCCUGAUGAUCACAGGUGGAGUGCCAGCAUCACCUCUGUAAGAAACCAGAUGCUUGUUUGCCGACAAGCUAUGUUGCCUAUCACCCUUUUGAGCGGAUUGAAUUCAUGUUUCUAUGUUUGUACUGAAAUUGUAUUUAUUCAUUUGAAUGCAAGUUCUUCAAGUGCUCUACAGAGAUGGCUAUGCACAGCACUCACAGUCAUUCAAAGCUUGUUUUUCGUACGUGUGCUUUGGAAACGUAUUUGACUAACAUUUACACAGACCACAUGAAUGGUAGGCCUCACUGCAAGAAGUUGUGGUGGUUAACUUGCAGCGUUAUCAGUUUUUUCAGUAUCAGAGCAACAUUUUUCCAGCCCUCAAGCUCUUUAGUGCGUUACCAUUUUAGUUUGAAAUGGCACAAAGUUUAAGGGCUAUGCUGCUCAGUACCACAGAAAUAUUUACUUGAUGAAAAACACUUGAUUAAUCAAGCGAGUCAUGCGGUUUUAUUGGGGAAUGCAGGUAACUGAGCCUCUACAAGGGCUGAGAAAUCUCAGUAAAUCCAUCAGUCACAGCUGUCACAGAUGUGUAAAACAGAAUAGCCAUCACUCUGCAGGACUCUCAUAUUUGGAGAAACAGUAGCUGGUUCAUGUAGCAUAUGUACAAACAGAUCAAAUUAAAUUGUGUCUAAAAGAACUUCAGACUAAAUUGGUUUCUUAAAAUUUGGCCAUAAUGAAAUGACAAAUUCAGGUUUAUUUUUGUACACACGGAACAAUUUUAUUUCAUAACUGCAAACGCAAGCAGCAGUAUUAUUUAGAAACAAUUAAACUUACCCUCUAAUUAGUCGAGUAACACUGAUACUGAAACUCCCAUGUUCAUUAUUGUAGGGUGUUCACUUCAGAACGCAUGGAGAUGACCGUUGUUGUGGACUGUGAGAUUUGGCAGUUCGUUCCCACUUGAAUGUUCAUUUUCAUGCAACCACAGGCAGGUUUUGUAAACACAUCUGUUAGUCCUCUGUGUAAAAACAUUUUGAUGUG